AUGGAUGGUAAACUUCCGGCAGGCUGGCGCGUAAGCAAUAGCACAGGUGUCUGGUCUGCGCCUUCGCACGUGGAAGACAAUCCUGAUAACGACGACAUCGAUGACGACAACGACAUAUCGACGAAUUUUCAAGGAGCAGAGAACAAAUUGACGGAGGAGGACUUACGGCCAGACUCUCCUGGAUGGGAGGAUCUGGAGGAUGAUGUCGAAACAGAGAGUUUCACAUGUCUUUUGUGCGAGGUGACGCAGCCCAAGGUGCGGGAUGUCGUUGAACAUAUGAAGGUAGAACAUGAAUUCGAUUUUGAUGUGUUACGAAAAGAUAAAAAGCUCGACUUCUUUGGGACUGUACAGCUCAUAAAUUAUAUCCGGUCACAAGUCAAGUCGUCAGGUUCUACAAAGCUUGACCUUGCGACACUGGACUCAAAGGACUUUGUGCAGGAUCAGUACAUGCAGCCUACACUAGAGGACGACGCAUUACUAUAUAGCAUCGACGAGCUGGCGGACCCUGCGGAUCUGAACGAUCCUCUAGUGCAGCAAAGGGAGGACGACGUUGAAGCCAAAGCGGCUUCGGCAGCAGCCACGAGACGCCAGGCUGCGUCCACGUACCCCUCCGCGGCUACCAAGAAUGGCACUUACACUGGAGCCUACGUUGCAACGUAUGGCACCGAGCACUUCCUAGGCAUGCCGUAUGCCCAGCCACCCCCCGGGCCACUACGCUUCCAUGUUCCAGUCCCACUGAAUAGCUCCUGGACUGGCUCGAAGAAUGCUACGGAGUAUGGUCCCGAGUGCAUUGGAUAUGGUCUGGACACGGAGAGCCAGGGUAAUUAUGUUAGUGAAGACUGCCUCACCCUCAAUGUUGUGAGAAGUCGAGGUGCAGGUGGCGGUCUGCCAGUAGUCGUGUGGUUCGGACGAAAGAGUCCUUAG